UAACCCCUCCUUAACCCCUAAAUCUUCAAUUCUCAUAGAAGGUGUGUAAUUUUUCGCUAACCCUGCGAUUGAAGGAAAAUUCCCUCUCUUCCUACAGUCAUAUUCAGAUAUUCUCAUACGCAAAUUCUUCACUCAUACGCUAAUUCCAAAGCUCGAAUUGCAGGAGUUAGGUCUGUUUUCUAAGAGAUGAGUAUAAGGGGAGGGAGUUUGGGCCUCAAGCGGAAGCGCCCAGGCUUAGAUGGACCUUCAAAGGAGUUAACAAGUGAUGAGCGUAAUAUACACGAUCUGAUUAAAAGCAAAGGAGAUAUGGGUAUAUGGAAGGGAGACAUUAGAAAAGAGCUGAAUAUUGCUAACGCAAAGAUAGUUGAUAAUUGCGUUAAGUCCCUCCAAGGAAAGCAAUUGAUCAAAGAAGUGCCUAAUGUUCAAGCCAAAGCAAAGAAACGGCUAAUGGCUAUAGAGUUUGAGCCCUCAACGGAGCUAACUGGUGGUGUAUGGUAUCAAGACGGGUUGCUUAAUGAGGAUCUGAUCAAAGGGCUGAAGAAAUUCUGUUUAUAUAGACUUAGUAAACGGAAGAUUGCAACAGCAGAUGGAAUUCGCCACGAGAUUAAGAGUCAUAAGGGGGUAGAGAUGUCAGUUGAACAGGUGAAGGAGAUACUUGAUAAUUUGGUUUUAGAAAAAGAGAUUAGUAGAUUGAAGGGUAACGGAAUUGGGGAGUUGACUUCAUUUCCUAUCAAUGCCGAUUGUUAUAAGUUCAAACCACAGAACACAAAAGUAGGAGCUUUCGCUGUGAUACCAUGUGGUGUUUGCCCUCGUAUCAACCAUUGUGCUCCUGACGGCAUCAUCUCCCCAAUAAGCUGUACAUACUACUCUAAGUGGUUGGAAUUUUGAAAGUUAAUUGAGUUGCCGAUUUUCUUUAGAUUUUCAGCUUUUAUCUCUCUUGCAACAGAAUUGAAGAUCUUUUUACUAAACCUUAAUAUAUAUAUCUAACAAUAAUCUUUUCAAUCA